AUGGCCGACAGCGAGCCGCCGAGGGACGACCAGGACAUCAAGUCAGACGAGCACAGGGAGGAGGAGCAAGCUCCGCAUCCCGCGCAAUCCGAGCAUGACCAGCCAGAAGAGGUCGACGCGCCCGCCCCGGCGGAUACAGAGCCUGCAGAGCACGUAGAGCCCACGCAAGCUCCCGAAGAAAUAGAAGAAGAGGGCGAGGAGAAAGAGCUCGAGGCCGCAGAACAGGCGGCCCCGCCAGAGGCAUCUGCGCCGGUUCCGGAGAACGUUGAAGAUGACUCUCGCGAAGACUCUCGCGAAGACGAGCCCCAAUCCCCGCGGACUGAGCAGCCAGCGCCCCCGAGGAUAUCGCUACCGGAAGAUCAUGUCGAGCAGCAGGACCGCCCACCGACCGAGUCUUCCGACCAUACCGUACCGCCGUCGCCAUCCAUCCGCCUGCGCACCGAUUCCCAAUCGACUGCAGCCACGAACGCGACUGCGAGAACUACCACGCGAAGUUCGCUCGUCUUCGUCGUAACAGCGUUGGAAACUAUUGCCGCAUCAAAGGAUGCGCGGAAAACCAAGAAGUUGGCCGACACAACUCAGAAGGCGCUGUCAGCCAUCAAAGGCGAUGGCGACCCUUCCACCAUUGACCCGGAGAUCUUGUUUGAGCCUUUGCAGUUGGCCACUGAGGCGAACACGAUACAGGUCGUCACCACUGCCCUCGAUUGCAUCGGCAAGCUCAUUAGCUACUCCUACUUCUCCUACCCCUCCGAGCAAGCCGCCGGCUCUCCCGAACAGCCCGCUCUUAUCGAUCGCGCCAUCGACACGAUAUGCGACUGUUUCCAGAUGGACGCUACCCACGCCGACAUCGAACUGCAGAUCCUCAAGUCUCUCCUGUCGGCAAUAUUGAACGAUAAAAUCGUCGUGCACGGCGCCGGUCUUCUGAAGGCUGUCCGACAGACCUACAAUAUCUUUUUGCACUCGAAAUCGAGCAAUAAUCAGCAAGUCGCCCAGGGUGCCUUGACUCAGAUGGUUGGAACGGUUUUCGAGAGGGUGAAGUCGAGAUUGCGCGUAAAGGAAGCAAGGAUCAACCUAUCCAAGUCAUCCCUGCACAAGAAUAGUUCUGGCGAUGUGUCCCCGGAGGCCGGCGAUAUUGGAGGUGUAGACGCUAAUGGGGAUGGCGAGAACGAAGCUGAAGCAUCGGAGGGUGCUUCGGACCUGCCUGUGGAGAAGGACGAGAGUGCCAAGAUAACCCUUCAGAGCUUCGAAAAUCGCAAGAGUUUCGACGACGCAAGGAUUGCGGAUAACGCGCCCACGCUCGUCACGCGGAACAAGAACCGCCGUACUCUUUCUCGUGCAAACACACUGCAUUCUAAUGAUGGCCAAGAGGGCACAGAUCCCACCGAAGAAGAGGAAGAAGACGAGAUUUACGUCAAGGAUGCGUACCUCGUCUUCCGCGCCAUGUGCCGCCUCAGCACCAAAGCUGUUCCUCUUGAAGAGGCUCAGAAUGUUCGAUCUCAGAGCAUGAGGUCGAAAUUGCUGUCGCUGCACAUUAUCCACACAAUUCUCCACAAUAACGUCGCUGUCUUUGUCUCCCCGUACGCCACCAUCAGAAGCAGCAACACUGCCGAGCCAACCACCUUUGUCCAGGCCAUUAAGCAAUACCUCUGCCUCAGCUUGAGCCGAAAUGGCGCUAGCUCCUUGAAGCAGGUUUUCGAAAUCAGCUGUGAAAUCUUCUGGUUGAUGCUGCAUCAGCUGCGAGUCAUGCUCAAAAAGGAGAUUGAGGUUUUCAUGAAGGAGAUCUACCUGGCAGUUCUGGAAAAACGCAGCGCACCUGCUUUCCAGAAGCAGUAUAUCCUUCAAAUCCUUCACCGCCUCGGAAGCGACCCCAGAGCACUGGUGGAAAUAUAUCUUAACUAUGACUGCGACAGGUCCGCGCUUGACAACCACUUCCAGAAGAUCGUUGAGCAUCUGGCAAGGAUAUGCAGCACACCAGUUGCAAUCACACCACAACAACAACUGGCAUACCAGGAGCAUCAUGCAAAGCAACAAGCAGCUAGCCCGACUGAUUGGCAGACGCGUGCGACGCUUCCUCCAUCGCUUGCAACUGUCUCUAUUCAAGCUGGAAACGAAAUGGAUCAAGGCUUCCCACCGGAGUACUCAUUGAAGCAAGAAUCACUGGAAGCUUUGGUCGAAAUCCUCCGGUCACUGGUCAACUGGUCUCAGCAGAGCAUUUCUGAUGCUGCUGCAACACUGCGUGUGAACGACGGAAGAGCAUCAGUUGAGGACAUCCGCGAUUCUAUGGAUACUCGAGCCAACCUCACGGCUUCCCCAGCUAUAGACUCUCCUAAUGGCCCGGGUACCCCGGUCCCAGAGGAUGAUCCCAGCCAGCUGGAGAGGGCAAAGCAACGCAAGACUGCUUUGAACCAUGCUAUCCGUCAAUUCAACUACAAGCCGAAGAAGGGCAUGAAGCUCUUACUCAAAGACAAAUUCAUCGCUUCAGAUGCUCCUGAGGAUAUCGCCAGAUUCUUUUUGUCUAACGACCAAAUUGACAAGAAAGCCCUCGGUGAAUACCUCGGAGAAGGUGAUGAGGAGAACGUUAAGAUCAUGCAUGCCUUUGUUGAUCAGAUGGAUUUCACAAGAACGCGUUUCGUUGAUGCCUUGCGGCGAUUCCUUCAGAGCUUCCGACUUCCGGGAGAGGCGCAAAAGAUCGAUCGAUUCAUGCUCAAGUUUGCUGAAAGAUACAUGGCCGGCAACCCGAGUGCGUUUGCCAACGCAGACACGGCUUACGUGCUGGCCUACUCGGUAAUCAUGCUGAACACGGAUCAGCACAGCACUAAAAUGAAGGGUGCUCGUAUGACUCCCGAAGACUUCAUCAAGAACAACCGAGGCAUCAACGACAACGCCGACCUACCGGAUGACUAUCUCAAGGGAAUUUACGAGGAGAUCGCCAACAACGAGAUCGUUCUUGACACGGAGCGCGAGACUGCGGCAAAUCUGGGCCAGCUGCCACAGCCCAACCAGGGCGGACUUGGUAACAUUGGACAGGCUUUCGCCAAUGUUGGUAGGGACUUGCAGAGGGAGGCUUACAUCCAAGCUUCCGAGCAAAUGGCCAACAGAACUGAACAGCUCUACAAGAGUCUGUUGAGGGCACAACGACGAGGUCCGUCUCGAUUCCCUGUGUCCAAGUUCAUCCCCGCUUCUUCCUUCAGACAUGUUGGGCCUAUGUUUGAAGUAACAUGGAUGCCUUUCCUCACUGCACUCUCCGGUCCGGCUCAAAACACCCACAACCUCGAGACUAUCAAGCUCUGCAUGGAAGGCCAGAAGCUGGCGAUCCGCAUUGCCUGCCUUUUCGACCUUGAAGACCCUCGUCAGGCUUUUGUGACCUCUUUGUCCCGGUUCACCAAUCUCUACAACUUGACAGAGAUGAAGGCGAAGAACAUCGAAGCCUUGUACGCACUCUUGGAUGUGGCCCAGCACGAGGGCAAUCUCCUCAAGGAGUCGUGGAGAGAAAUCCUUACGUGUAUCAGUCAGCUCGAUCGAUUCCAGCUCAUCUCGGCAGGAAUUGAAGACACCGCAGUACCUGAUCUGAUGCGCAGCAAUUCUUCGUCCUCCAAAGCUUCGACCCAGUCAAGAAAAUCUCUCCAAGCUUCCAACAAGAACAGGCCAAGGUCAGGAACUGCGGCUCUGUAUCACUCAGAAGCAGCUGUGGAGAGCCGCUCUGCAGACAUGGUUCGAGCAGUGGACAGGAUUUUCACCAAUACUGCCAAUUUGUCUGGUGAAGCAAUCGUCCAAUUCGUCAGGGCGUUGACGCAAGUCAGCUGGCAAGAGAUCCAGUCUUCGGGUCAAAGCGAGUCGCCCCGCACUUACAGUCUCCAGAAGUUGGUUGAAAUCUCGAGCUACAACAUGAACCGUGUGCGUUUCGAGUGGACCAACAUCUGGCAGAUUCUGGGAGAACAUUUCAACCAGGUCGGCUGCCACACCAACACCAACGUGGUUUUCUUUGCUUUGAACUCUCUGCGCCAGCUGUCAAUGAAAUUCCUGGAGAUUGGAGAACUGCCCGGUUUCAAGUUCCAGAAAGACUUCCUCAAGCCAUUCGAACACAUCAUGAAGAAUACGAGCGUUGUGCCUGUCAAGGAUAUGGUUCUGAGAUGUCUCAUUCAAAUGAUCCAAGCAAGAGGAGAAAACAUCCGCAGUGGUUGGCGGACAAUGUUCGGCGUAUUCACCGUGGCCGCGAAGGAGCCCUAUGAGGGAAUCGUCAAUCUUGCGUUCGACAACAUCACCCAAGUCUACAAUACUAGAUUCGGUGUCGUUAUUUCGCAAGGAGCGUUUGCUGAUUUGGUUGUCUGCUUGACCGAGUUCUCGAAGAACCAUAAGUUCCAGAGGAAAUCAUUGCAGGCAAUCGAGACUCUCAAGUCUACAGUCCCCAAGAUGCUCAGGACACCCGAAUGUCCCUUGUCCAUUGACUCGGAUAAGCCGAAGGAUGAGCCCCAGGCUGCUGGCGUGCCCAAGCAGCCUACUCGUCAGACUCAAGAAGAACAAUUCUGGUUCCCCGUGUUGUUCGCCUACCAUGACGUUCUGAUGACUGGGGAGGACUUGGAAGUUCGGUCACGGGCUCUCACGUACCUGUUCGACACAUUGCAACAGUAUGGCGCGGCUUUCCCUCGCGAGUUUUGGGACACCUUGUGGCGCCAAAUUCUCUAUCCCAUCUUCAUGGUCCUCAGGUCGAAGUCUGAGAUGUCGAAUGCUUUGAACCACGAGGAGCUUACCGUCUGGUUGUCGACAACCUUCAUCCAGGCCCUUCGGCACAUGAUUGCUCUUUUUACCCAUUUCUUCGAAGCUCUCGAGUACAUGCUCGAUCGUUUCCUUGAGCUCUUGGCUCUUUGCAUUUGCCAAGAAAAUGAUACCCUUGCUAGAAUUGGCAGCAAUUGUCUUCAGCAGCUCGUUCACCAGAACGUUACGAAGUUCAGUGAAGAGCACUGGGAGAAGAUUGUGAGCGCUUUCGUUGAUCUCUUCCAGCGGACUGAGGCCACUGCCUUGUUCUCCGCGGCUACGGCCGGAUCCUAUACUCCAACGAUCAAUGGAGGAGGUUCCAAGACGUCGAGGGCAAUGUCUGAUACGACCAGCAUGUCCGACCUGCCUCUGGACUCGGAUGAUAGGAGCGACAUUGAGGACCCCAACGCCCUGGGCAUCAACGGCCUCAUGAGCCCUCGACGAGGUUCCGCGGCUGUCUCUGACGAUGGCACCAACGGCUCUCCCCGUACAGACCUCGAAGACUACAAGCCUCAAGAAGGCAUCCAGCAAGCGCCGGUCGUAGUGACAACGGCUCGCCGACGCUUCUUCAACCAGAUUAUCACCAAAUGCGUGCUCCAGCUCCUCAUGAUCGAGACGGUGAAUGAGCUCUUCUCGAACGACGACGUGUACGCGCAGAUCCCGUCGCCGCAGCUGCUGCGGCUGAUGAUGCUGCUGAAGAAGUCGUACCAGUUCGCGAAGCGGUUCAACGAGGACCGCGAGCUGCGCACCAAGCUGUUCCGCGAAGGCUUCAUGCGGCAGCCGCCGAACCUGCUGAAGCAGGAGAGCGGGUCGGCGGCCGUGUACGUGUCGAUCCUGUUCCGCAUGUACCACGACACGAGCAGCGAGCGGCGGCUCAACCGGGCCAACACGGAGCAGGCCCUCAUCCCGCUGUGCGUCGACAUCGUCAGCAGCUACAUCCACCUCGACGAGGAGACGCAGCAGCGCAACAUCGUCACGUGGCGCCCCGUCGUCAUCGACGUGCUCGACGGCUACGCCGGGUUCCCCGAGCAGGACUUUGACAAGCACGUCAAGGUCUUCGCGCCCCUCGUCGUCGGCCUGCUCAACCGCGACAUGGGCCUCGAGCUGCAGCGCAGCGUGCAGGGCUUGCUGCAGCGCAUCUUGGAGGUCAAGGUCGGCAUCGAGACGAGCGGGUUGGUGGUUGAGAGGGGCAGCCCGAUGGGCGAGAGGAGGCCGAGCGUGUUUAGCAGGAGGGGGAGCAAGGCGGGUCGCUAG